AUGGACAUCAUCGACCUUGAAUCGUCCGAUCCGCCUGGACCGCGCUCCGCGCACCUGUUUGUGUCCUCGUCUCCAGUCCCCACAACACGACGGCUUUUGUCUGCCAAAACGCCCGCGCCCAAACUCAGCAGAUCGGCGGCCAGGUCGUCCCCCUCGUCUCUGCCGAGCAUCAUCGAAAUCACCUCCAGCCCGCUCCCUGCGAAACGAAAGCGGCACCCAGAGCAGCCGUCGUCGCUGUCGAACGCCAUUGUUCUUGAGUCGGACUCAGAGUCGGACUCAGAGCCGGCCGAACGCAAAAAAAUAGCCCUUCCUAGCUCUCCGACGGGCGCUGGAGACGAGUCUGUCCUGGAGAUAGAUCCCGUGGGUCCGUCCGACGAUAUCCAGUUGGGGAGCAUUUUUGAUAUAAGCACAAAAACCGCCAUCACUCCUUCAAAGACGCAACAGCCCGCCAGUGCUGUUACCCCUGCUGCUGCCACGGAGGGGCCCCAGGGGGACCUUGAUGCGCUACUGGAGCACGCGAAAAAGUUCAAGAGCAAGGAGUUGAAACAGGUGAACAAGAUGCAACGUACAAAGGAUGAGUUGCUGGCCGAAAUGAGCGUUGAGGUUGAGACGCGACUGCACGCGAAGCUGGCCGGGAUCAACGCUGAUUUCGACAGUUUCCUCGCUCCCAUCAAAGUGGACACGGCAUCUCUGUAUCUACCGCUUAUCCAGUUCAAAAGGCAGGUCGAGGCGGUGUACCACGAGCAAAAAGGAACGUAUGUGCCUAUUGACAAGUAUAUGAAGACCGAGUCGACCGUCGUGCUCUACUACGACGCUGCGGAGCUCGUGGACAAGAUCAGGGAUGAUACGAUGCGCACAAUAAUCCUCAAGGUAAAGCGGAUGCGCCAGGACGCCAACGUUGUCCUCAUGAUCAACGGUUACCAACAGCACUUGCAAACGCUGCGCGCACAACAUAAUAGGGCGUUUGUGAGCCAGGUGAUGCGGAAAAUGGACCACGACAAGACUCAGAGGGUACUGGGUCCUGCCAACAGUACGGUUUCCGCAGAAACUGUGCGCAAAAAGCUGGUUGAACUGGAGGUAUUUUUCGGAAUCCACAUUUUCCCCAUCAAGGGUCUUCGGGAGCUUGUGGAUUGGAUCAGGUCUUUCAGUUACACCAUGGCACAAAAGAGCUACGACCCGCACGAAAGAAAUCGAGAGCUUGCCAACAUAGGCAAUAUCCGCUGCGGCCAGACGCCCGAAGAGUGCUACCAAGAAUCGCUCAAACAACUUAAAUACCUAGUUACCUCUUCAGCACGCACGCUGGCCAGGAACUACCCCACUCUCGUGCAGCUGGCUGACAAGUUGCAGACGGGAAUGCCGUCGCUCAUCCGAACUGACGUCGAGCAGAAUCUCAGGAAAGUGUUCACAAGCACAGAUCCCAACGAGUUGCUCGACUAG